AUGGUGCGCAAUAUUGUUGUUUUGGGAGGUAACUCCCACCCGCAACUUACUGAGAAUGUCUGUCACAUUCUUGGUGUCCCAGCCAGCAAUCGCAUUUUGGGAAAAUUCUCUGGCGGCGAGAGCCGUUGCGAAAUCAAGGACUCAGUCCGUGGUAAAGACGUCUACAUCAUACAAUCCGGCUCCGGCAACGUCAACGACAACUUGAUUGAUCUAUGUAUCAUGAUUUCGGCUUGCAAAACCGGCUCUGCGAAGCGAGUCACUGCCGUCGUGCCUCUGUUUCCUUACUCUCGACAGCCCGACUGGCCCUACAACAAAGCCGGCGCUCCUUUGUCGCAAAUUUCUGGCGCUUCCAAGGACUACACAUUUGAAAGUGUCCCCCCUACACCUCGCCCCGGUGGCCCCAAGUCGGCCGGUCUGCCCAAUGGCGUCAACAACUUAACCGAGAAGCUCUCAAAAACAGCAGAGGCUGCCAACGGCGUAAAUGGUACCAAUGGCCACCCUACACCUCGUCGCUCAGACACUAUCUCAAGCACCACCUCCGAAAACCGUGGUCACCACCCUGAGAACUCGACUUCCUCGCAGAGGAAUGCGUACACCACCCACGAUUACGAGAACCAGUCCAACAUUUCCGUGUUCCAGCCCAAACCCGGCUACAAGCAGUGGAUUGCUCAGGCUGGCACUCUGGUUGCUGACUUGCUCACCUGCGCUGGCGCCGACCACAUUAUCACCAUGGACCUCCACGAUCCUCAAUACCAAGGCUUCUUCGACAUUCCCGUCGACAACCUAUACGGAAAGGCUCUACUCCAGAACUACAUCCAAACUAACAUCCAAGGUCACCAAAACGCUGUCAUUGUCUCUCCCGAUGCCGGAGGCGCGAAACGUGCCACUCUGAUUGCCGACAGUCUCAAGACAGACUUUGCUUUGAUUCACAAGGUAAUCCCAACAACUGAUCUUUCCCAUGAUGAUCAAAGCUCAUUUAAUGCUUCAAAGGAGCGACGGCCCAUCCGAUUCACCGAGCAUCGAAACGCGAGUAUGAUGUUGGUUGGUGAUGUUUCGAACCGUAUCUGCAUCCUGGUCGACGACAUUAUCGACACCGGCAACACCAUCACACGAGCUGCGAAGCUCCUCAAGAAGGAGGGUGCUACCAAAGUCUACGCCCUUGUCACACAUGGAGUUUUCAGCGGCGACUCCAUUGCCCGAAUCAAUGCUUCUUCUAUUGACAAAAUGUUGGUCACCAACUCGGUUCCUCAAGAAGAGCACCGCCGACUAUGCCCCAAGCUUGAGGUACUUGAUAUCUCGCCUGUGUUUGCCGAGGCAAUCCGCCGCGUCCACCACGGAGAGUCUAUCAGUGUGUUGUUCCAGCACAAUUAA